UUUGCACUAGCUGCUCACCGUCAACAGGGUCAAGUUUGUAAGUAUUUCGUUGAUCAUGGAGAAUUUCACAAUUAAUUCGAUAAACUCGAAGCCGUGGCCUUUUGAUUACGAAAAUCCACCAAAAUUUGUUCCCUACUGGUUCGAAAAUGUGGAUACGUUUCAAUGGAAGGAAAUCAUGAUACGAAAUCCGAACGUUUCCUGGUACGCGUGUGCAGUUUAUCUAACGGUCGUGUUCUCACUGCAGCAUUACAUGAAAGGUCGUCCACCGGCGAACGUGAGGAAGGUAAUGGUCGCGUGGAACUCCUUUCUGACCAUAUUUUCUGCCCUUGGAUUCUACCGGGUUGCGCAAGAACUUCUCUUUAAUUUAUUUCAAACGGAUGGUUACUACCGGACGGUUUGUGUCAGACAGGGUCGCAACCUACCAGCCGACUUUUGGGGAUUGUUAUUCGUCUUGUCCAAAUUUUUAGAAUUUGGCGACACAAUGUUUAUCGUGCUGAGAAAGCAGCCCUUAAUUCCCUUGCAAUAUUAUCAUCACUGCAUCGUGACCCUUUUCGCCUGGAAGCUGUACCCCUGGGGGGAACCCAUCCUUGCCCACUAUUCCGCCAUAAACUAUGGCGUCCACGCCGUUAUGUAUGCUUACUUCGUCGCCAGGGGGCUCAAAAUUCACGUCCCCGAAGCAUUAGCCAUGUCAAUAACGACGCUACAAAUUGCACAAAUGAUUAUCAAUACGGGAAACAAUUUUUACACGAUGGCCAUGUUAUACCUUGGCCAUCCCUGUAGCAGACAUCCCACCUCCAUCACGUGGAGUUUAGUGGUUUACAUCUCUCUCUGGAUUCUCUUUGCGAAAUUCUUCCUGGCCAGAUACUUCUCGCAGAAGAAGGGAGCCCACAAAAAAGUGGACUGAAUGUUCAGUUCAGGAUCUGGAAGCAAAUACCGAACUUCCGUUGAUUCUGCUUCUCUCAAAAUAUGUUUUAAAUUACUUUAUCAUAAGACCGGAUUUUCAGACUGAGUAAACCUGUAUUGUGGCAAAUAAAAAUAUCUGACUAAUCUAUA